AUUCAUAAUCGUAUUCGCAAUUUUAUUGCGUAUCAUGGAUGUCGGGCAGUAGUAAACAAAUGUCAUGGAUUAUACAAUUCCUUAAUUCAACGUAGUUAUUUCUUAAAAUAUUCGUUAUCGGUUUGAAUGUACAAUUUAAUCAAAAAGUAAACACAAAAUUUCCAAAGAAAUUACCUUGUGUUAUAUGUGUUAAUAUGGCGAAUACGUUUAUGAUUAAGAAUUGCGAAUUAAAAAUACGUAGAGAAAGAGUUUGUCAGUAUGAUCUGUACUUUUUCCGCAAAUAAAUAGAUAUAUAUAAACAUGGCAGGCUCAUGGAAAGACAAAUUAAUAGAAUUUUUGGAGAACAACCGGGGACUCGUGGUUUUAAUAUUUUGUUUACCUGCUAGUUUCGUUUUCGAUGUGUUUUUGAAUUUGUAUGUAAAAUUGCUGCGGCUUUUGGCAGGCAGUUCAAAUAAACAUAGUGAAAAGGUGAAACAAAUUCAAAAGAAAAUCCAGAUCUACAAUAAAACUCCUAGUACAAACCGGAAGUUAUUGGUAACUGCCAGACCGAACUGGCUCAGUUUAUCAACAAAAUUUUUUCAAAAAGAUAAGUGCCAUCAAAUUCCUAUAAAUCUAUAUGAUAUACUAAACUUAGAUGAAGAAAACCUAACGGUACAUGUGGAACCGAUGGUAACCGUUGGUGAAAUAACAAAAUAUCUCAUCCCAAAAGGAUACACUUUGGCUGUCACAUUGGAAAUUGCAGACGCGACAUUAGGUGGUUUAGCUAUGGGAACUGGAAUGACUACUCAUUCACAUAAAGUUGGUCUCUAUCAUGAAAAUGUUGUUUCCUAUGAAGUAGUACUGGGCGAUGGUUCCCUUGUAACAGCAUCUAAGGAUGAGAACAGUGAUUUAUAUAAGGUUUUACCUUGGUCACAUGGUAGCCUUGGGUUCUUAGUUGCUUUGACAUUAAAAAUAGUUAAGGUCAAGCCCUAUAUUAAAAUGUCAUAUAUUCCAGUUAAAGGGCAGGGAAACUAUUGUGAUAUGAUACGAUUAUUUUCUGGCGAUACCAGCGCAGAUUAUCCCACCCCUGAUUACGUUGAAGCAACCAUUUUUAAUAAGGAUGAAGCUGUAAUUAUGACUGGGGAGUUUUCAGAUUACGAUAGUACUUUGUCAAUAAAUCACUUGACUAGAUGGUACAAACCUUGGUUUUAUAAAUACGUAGAAUCCUUCAUAUCAAAAGGUAAAUACACCGAAUUGAUACCACUGAGAGAAUACUUGUUACGCCAUAAUCGAGCCAUCUUUUGGGUUGUUGAGUCUAUGAUACCCUUUGGAAACAACAUGCUAUUUAGGUUGUUUUUUGGUUGGUUACUUCCGCCAAAACCUGCAUUUUUAAAAUUCACCACAACUCCGGGGGUCCGAGCGUUUACAUUUACGAGACAAGUUUUUCAAGACAUUGUCUUACCAAUUCGUAAAUUAGAGGAUCAAAUCAAUGAAUCUACCAAACUUUUCGAUUUAUAUCCUUUGUUGGUAUAUCCCUGCAGAAUUUAUGAUCAUGGACCCCAUUCUGGGCAAUUAAAGCCCCCCCCAAAGGAAUAUUUGGUUGAGGGAACAAAUUAUUCAUUGUAUAACGAUUUAGGAAUUUACGGAGUACCCGGAUUUGUCCGAAAAAAGGAAAAAUACAAUCCGGUUGCCAAUAUGCGAGCCAUGGAAAAAUUUACGAGAGAUGUUGGAGGAUUUUCAUUUCUGUAUGCCGAUAUCUUUAUGAACCGCUCGGAAUUUGAAGAAAUGUUCGAUUUGGCAUUAUACGAAUCUGUGCGAAGUAAAUAUGCUGCCAAUGGAGCUUUUCCAGAUUUAUACGAUAAAGUAAAACCUGAAAUUGAUGUUUUCGAUAUUGGCAGGGAAUACGAAAUUAAAUAAAGUUUGG